CACUUUGUGAGGAGCAGACGGAGGAGAAAAUCGAAAUAAGUCCGUUUUAUGUCUCCGCUUCCUGGACGGACGUUUGUGCUUUUGUGAGGAAACGUUUGCCGGUGAACCCAACCAUGAAGAGUUUAGUUCAGGAACUGGGCCGGAGAGAUGUGUGCAUGUAGGAGCACCGGUCUGAAAGCAGAUUUUUAGACAGGAAGCGAUGGGGAAUUCUGAGAGCCAGUACAGCAUCCAGGGUACCAAGGGCACCAGCUUUUUCUUACCCGGGAAACCGAAGCCAUACUCACUGAAGCUCCGCUCAACCAAAGAUGAGGCGUUGUCGGCACAUACGUGGUGGAAAAACACCCCUGUGGGCUCAGGGUGCAAGGUCAGGAGUGUCGGCCGCGGCUGCCUGUCCCCCGCCAGAAGUCGGCAGCCUUACUCCACUCGGCACUGUGACUAUGUCUCCAAGGGUGCGCGGGGUAGCCCAAGUCCGCGCCGCUGGCAUCGAACCCCUGGGUGUGGUUUACGGCAGCGGUAUACGUCUGAUGACUAUGAGGACAAUCCGUAUGGGGCAGAGCUCAAUGGGCAGCGUGAUGAGCAUGUGGUUUUAGAGGAACAGAGCAGCCCGCGGGUGGUGAUCAAGAAGGAUGGUAGUCUCAGAGUGGAAUUCACCAACACUUCUGGCAGUACCCUCCUUCUGGAAGAUGCUUCUGGACCUGUACAGCUCCUGAAGUUCUCUCCCAAUCUUGAAUCUGCCUCCACCUCCAGCCUUCCAGGUUCUAACAGUAGUAGACCUGAUGGCCACUGUGGCGUUCCACCUCCAGCAUCUACCUCCUCCACAGCCAGAACUAGCAAAGGAAGCUCUCUGAGCUCUGAUGGCUCCUGGUAUGACUCUCCUUGGGGGCCCAGUGCAGAUCUCUGUGAACAGGACCAACCCUGUCCUCCAAGUGAGACACCUGCACACUCCCCUGUCCACCAAACAGAAUCCUUCCCUGAACAGCCUCUUCCAGAGUCCAUCACAGACCUCUACAGGAACUCCACAAUAGCUGCAACUUUUCCAACUGUUGGAGCCUCCUCUUCCCAGUUACAGGUACCUGCCCAGAGGACACACCGAGCCUCAUUUGCUUCUGCCCUGGAUGUGCCCUUGGAGGAGGAAUGCCACGAGGCCCGGCAGUACUGUUCAUACACACUGCCAUGUCGCAGGCCCAAAGCCCGCACUGUGAGCGAGGACUUGAUCCAGUACCCUGAUCAAGACCUGCAAAAGGAGCGUGUUGGACAAGAUUUUGUCUUUCACAAGAAAGACUCUAUCAGAAACCACAUCAGACGCUUCAGUGACUGGACAGGCAGCCUGAGCCGAAAGAAGAGGAAAACACAGGAUGCCAGGUACAGGGAUGCGACUGACACCUUUGACAGCGGUGUUGAAGGCCUGACCGGGGUCACAGGCUCGCCUUCCCAAGCGUCCAGCCUGGUGUGGUUUCCAGGAGCCUCCAGGGCCCAGUCGUCGGGAGCCAUUCCCCAAACGACGAGCGACGUCCUGUGCCAGAACAUUUACGAGAACUUCAUGAGGGAGCUGGAGAUGGGGGCUGGGCAGGCCAGCGGCGGUGGCGAGAGACGAGACCCGUCCACCGGCACCGAGGAGGGGGAGAGCAGCAGUGAGUCCGCCGAGGGCUCCUUGGAGCAGCUGGACCUGCUGUUUGAGAAGGAGCAGGGCGUGGUCAGGCGGGCAGGCUGGCUUUCCUUUAAACCGCUCAUCACUCUGCACAAAGACAGGAAGCUGGAGCUGGUGACGCGGCGUCGGUGGAAGCACUACUGGGUGACCCUGAAAGGAUGCACGCUGCUGUUCUAUGAGACGUACAGUAAAGGUUCUCCGGAGCAGGAGCUGUCGCCGCGUUACGCUCUGCUGGCCGAGGACAGCGUCGUCCAGGCGGUUCCCGAGCACCCCAAGAAGGAGAACGUCUUCUGCCUCAGCAACUCCUAUGGAGACGUCUACCUCUUCCAGGCCAGCAACCAGACGGACUUGGAGAACUGGGUGACCGCCGUCCACUCCGCCAGCGCCUCACUGCUGGCCAAACGCCAGGGCAAAGAGGACACGGUGCGCCUGCUCCGGAGCCAGGUCCGCGGCCUGCUGCAGAAGAUCGACAUGGACGGCAAGAUGAAGAAGAUGGCUGAGCUGCAGCUGACUGUGGUUAGCGACCCCAAGAACCGCAAGGCUAUAGAGAACCAGAUCCAGCAGUGGGAGCAGAACCUGGAGAGGUUCAACAUGGAUCUCUUCAGGAUGCGCUGCUACCUCGCCAGUCUUCAAGGCGGCGAGCUGCCCAACCCAAAGAGCCUGCUCGCCAUCGCCAGUCGCCCUACCAAGGGUACCCUGGGCCACCUCGGGAUCUUCUCCGUCUCCUCCUUCCAUGCACUGAUUUGUUCCAGGGACGAGGCCAUGCUCAGAAGACAGUCGGUGUCUCUGACUUACAAACAGCGCAAGAAAAGCCUUUUUUCCUCCCUCAAAGGCCUGGACAACCUGACCAAGAGGGGGCGGGACAAAAGGCCCUCAGCGUCACAGAUCUUCGAGCACGACAGCGGUGGGCUGACGUACAUCCUGCCCCCCAGAAGUACUGAGAGGCUGGACAUGCUGAGCAGCAUCUACUCCAUGUCGCCCCCUGAGGGAGGGGUUUGGGACGGCAUCAGAGGUGCAGCAGACAUGCUGAUGUGCGUGCACAUGCCGGACAACCUGACUCUCCAGGUUCCGGUCAGAAGAGACCAGACGGCAGCCGACCUUCUCUCUGCAGCAUGCAAGGUGAAACACCUGGACCCCGAGCUGCACGGCAUCCGGACACACAGGCCAGCGGGUCAGGACGCAGAGGGCCGAUACCUGGAUGUAGACGAGCUCCUCUGUGAGAUGGUUAACAGUGAGCUGGAGGUGGUCCCGGUUACUGUCUUUACUCUGCGCAUGAGCCGGCCGAGUGCCACUGGGGACUUCGGUUUCGCAGUAACAGGACACAUAGAUGGUGAGAAGAACAGCAGGAUCUUGAUCAGCGAGGUUCUUCCUGAUGGACUGGCAUUUGCUGAAGGUUUGCGUCCAGGUGAUGAGAUCCUGGUACUGAAUGGCCAGUGUGUGUCAGACCUGGACCUGGGGCUGAUUAAGACGCUGUUUGCCGAGCAAAGUCUCACCUUGAGCCUGAGGCGGGACAACCAUCUGCCCCCACCUGUGGCCUCCAGCCUUUCAAGUCCUCCUAAACACAAUGCGGAGGUUCGCAGCAAGCACCAUCGAGUCAAGUCCUCCUCAGAUGUGUGCGCCGCAGAUGAUGGAGGCAACUUCCUGUGUGACGGCCUGGAGGACUCUCACUGCGCUCGCCGGCCUGUAAAGCUCAGUAAGAGCGUGGACACUGUGUGCACCCUGUACCAGUCCUUCGAGGACGGCUCGGGCUCAGGUUCCAGGGUAAGGAUGGAAGACACCAAGGAGCCCCCAGAGCGGCAGGGAGCAGCAGGAGACCCCACCCUGGUCAGGCCCUGCUCCAAGCACAUGAGUGCCACCGAGAGGCUACGCAAGGUCAUCCAGGAGCUGGUAGACACCGAGAAGUCUUAUGUCAAGGAUCUGACCUGCUUGUUUGAAAUCUACCUGAAGCCGCUGCAGAACAAAACCUUCCUCACGCUGGACGAGAUGGAGUCUCUUUUCGGAAGCUUGCCGGAGAUGUUGGACUUCCAGAGGGUCUUCCUGCAGACCCUGGAGGAAAGGAUCGCUUCCUCGCCAGACUUCAACACCCUGGAGACACCGUCACAAUUCAAGAGGCUGCUGUUUUCUCUUGGGGGUUCGUUCCUGUACUACGCUGACCACUUCAAGCUCUACAGCGGCUUCUGUGCCAACCACAUCAAGGUCCAGAAAGUCCUGGAGAGAGCCAAAACCGAUCAGGCUUUCAAGGAGUUCCUGGACACCCGGAACCCCACCAAGCAGCACUCCUCCACGCUGGAGUCGUACCUGAUCAAACCGGUGCAGAGGGUACUAAAGUACCCCCUCCUGCUCAGGGAGCUGGUGUCCCUCACCGACGGUGACAGCGAGGAGCACUACCACCUCACCGAGGCCCUGAAGGCCAUGGAGAAAGUGGCCAGCCACAUCAAUGAGAUGCAGAAGAUCUACGAGGACUACGGCGCAGUGUUUGAUCAGCUCGUAGCCGAGCAGACGGGUCACAAGAAAGAGGUGACUGAGAUCUCCAUGGGAGAGUUUCUCAUGCACUCGGCGGUGGUUUGGCUCAAUCCCCACCCCUCUCUGGGUCGCAUGAGGAAAGACCCUGAAAUGACCGUGUUUGUCUUCAAGAAAGCGGUGAUCUUGGUCUGCAGGGAAAAUGCCAAGAUGAAGAGGAAGAUGACCAACCCCAGAUCGGCGCUAUCUCACGGAGACUCGGACCCCUUCAAGUUCCGUUGGCUCAUCCCGCUGUCUGCGCUGCAGGUCCGACUCGGAAACACUGCAGGUGCAGAAAGCAGCUGCAUCUGGGAGCUGAUUCACUCCAGGUCAGAAGUGGAAGGAAGACCAGAGACCGUCUUCCAGCUGUGCAGCAGUGUUCCCGAGAACAAGGUCAACGUUAUCAAGCUGAUCCGCUCCAUCCUCAGGGAGAAUGUGAGGAGGAACAUGAGGACUGAAGCAGCGCUGGAGACGAGCAGUAAGGAGCGCGUUGCCCCCCUGCGAAGCGCGCUCCCCCGUUCUGCCCGCAUCGGUUCCUCCAGGGCGUCGUGGGUGUGCAAGCAGCCCGAGACUCUGAAGCCUGGACCGGACUCAGAUGAGGGAAGCCUCAGCAGUGGAACUCACAGCUUGCCCGGGGUUCCUCCCCCCUGCACCACUUCAGACUCGCAUGUCCAGAACUGGUCUCAGGAACCUGGAUUCACCUCUCAGUGUCCCUCCACCUCCACGAAGGAGUCUGAUAUUUUGAGCGACGAUGACGGUUUCAGUGAGAUGGCGUGCUCGAGGAGGGACAGCGGCUCGCCCUGCGGUGCCCUUGAGGCUCAGCUCCUCCGACUGCAACUCACAGAGCAAAGCGCCUCAGAAGGUGCAACGGCUCCAUGCGUCCAACCUGAAGGUGAGGGCGACAGUCCGGAGAGCCGCCCCGAACUGCAGUGCAGCCACUUCAACCCCAUUAAGAGGAAAAGCAGCAACAGCCUCAGGAAGAGUCCGGGCGUGCUGCUGAACAUGAAGGAGCACAGCAGGUCGCUGGACGACCAAACGGACGCAACGUCGCCAUCGGGCAUCGUGGACCUCAACAUUCUACUGGAGAGAGAAUUCAGCAUCCAAAGUCUGACUUCAGUGGUGAAUGAAGACUGUUUCUAUGAGCCAGCAGAGAACUCUGGGUCCACGCCCUCCUAGAGGGAGCAGGGUGGAC